AUGGAUGCUCAAUUGCAAGACAUCUCAGGGAAAUAUCAGUACCUAAGGAUGAAGGUAAAUGAAGGAAAGCCAAAUGAUUAUUCAGAUCAGAAAUAUCGUUCACAAGAGAAACAAUUCGAAAUUUUGACUAUUUCGGAAACGUGGCUAAAUGAUCAAGUCAGUUCUGAUAAUUUAAUGAUUCAGAGGUACAAUUUGAUCAGGAAAGAUAAAAAUUCUGGUAGAGGUGGUGGUGUUCUGUUGUAUAUUCCUGUUAAGAUCAAGUAUGACGUGAUAAAAAAUGCCUAAUCAAAGAAAAAUGUCGUCGGAACGUUCGCUGUGCCCUCAAUAUGUUUUAGAGGAAGCUAGAAGACGAAUAGAAAAUGGUGAAAGCAAAAGAAAAGUAGCAUCGUCGUACGGGAUGAAAGAAAGUACUUUGCGGUAUCGCCUGAAGAGAAAAGAAGCUGCAAAAAAGCUUGGUAGAUAUGAUGCAACUCUUUCUCCCGAAAUUGAACAGGAAUUUUGUAAUUAUUUGGAAGAUCUUGACAAUAUGUUUCAAGGGAUGACUCCUAAGAAUUUG